AUGCAAGGCCAAAGGAGUACCGUCCAAUUCUUUCCAGAAACACUUGAUUAUGAGCAUCAAUCUAGUUCAAACAGCACCACCACCGACCACCAGCAAGGUUUCUGGAGUAGCGCUGUAAAUCCGAGUGAUGCGCACAAUGUACCAGGCUACUUAAGAGGGCGAGCUGAGGUGAGUAUGCCUUAUAGGCACACUGGUGGCCACCAGGAUGAGGGCUAUGGGGGCUGGAGUCUGAUGGGCUCUAGCUCUAGCGAGCCCCCGAUCAGCCUCGAUGGGUAUGGCGUUUCUGAAGCAGCAGGUAAUGGAUGGAUGGCAUCAUCAGCAGGAUAUCCUGCAACUUGCCCAAGGUUUGGAGAAAGGAGGUUGGAAGCGCGUGGUCACCCUUUCCCACACAGUUCCAGCUCCACUGACGCCAGUGGAGGGAUAAUUGAUGGGGGUCGCCCGAUCCCACAAAUACAUGCUGGGCCUCUCUAUUAUCCUUUUGCAGCAGAGGAUGACCAAAGGGCUUCCACCAGUGGCUCUUCUAGUUCUUGUGGGAUUUUUGUCAGGGAUGGUGUCAACUAUUUGUCUGAUGACAGUGAUGGUUGUACACGGGGGGGAUUUUUGGAUGGUCGACGCCAGUCUGGUAAGAGGAAGAACCUCGAAGGGCCUUCUGGCCAAACUUCAGGAAGUUCAAGUGGCGGUCCCUUCCACCAAGCUGAUGGGUGUCUACUGCACUCUGCUCCUGAAAGAAAUGUUUCCUCUGGUGGCUUAAACAUCUCUGGAGCAAGAGGAGCUGCUUCUGAACAUCCUUCUUUGAUUAGCGUGGGUGGAAAUUUUGAUGGUUCGCAGAGUACUUUCCGCACCAGGGUUGACACUGCUCAUCAUCUUGAUGGAUCUUCACCGCAGGUGUGGCCCCCAGGGAACCCCAACCUGCACCUUAGGGCCUGCGCCCCCCACUAUACCUCUUCUUUGCCGAACCCUUUUGUACAGUCUCUUGAAGCGAGGCAAGCAAUGCCGAGUACGAGUUCUCAUCAACCUCAUCUGCCCACAGUUCCAGCUUUACCUCCAAUGGUUUACCCUCUGCCAUGGAGCGGCAUGUCAAAUUCCAGAAUUGGGAGCUCUGCAAAUAUGCAUACGACUUCGAGUGAGAGCCCAGGUGUUCUAAGGGAGGAGGCAAACCCCAGAGGCCUGGAAAGAAGUAAUCUUCCAGAGCACCCUUUGUUUGUCCCCGCUGCUGAUGCGUGGCGCAUGGCACAGGAUCCUGGAAGCUGGAGUCUGGGCAAUGGCAAUAUGAUCAUCCCGGGAAACGCGGGUCCCUUUUCGCUUUUUAGUCCCAGCUCUGGUGUUCAUCCACCGGUAGCUCCGAGUUGGGUGCCCCAUCAAGGUCCAACAAGUCAGUAUCUACAGAUCUCAUCAGAGCUUGCUUGCAGGGGCUCACCCAUUAAUGGGUGAUCAUGUGAAUAAUUUCCUUUGACGACAUGCAGGUCAUGGCAGUUCCUCGGCAGCAACCUCUCGACCUGGAGGUGGGCUUCGUACACCUCAGCAACAAUUAAGAUCGGCCUUCUUGAUGGGAAGGCGAAGCAGCGUCAUGGGUGCCCCCUUUACCCUGAGGAGUCGCCAAGCAAGAAAUAUGAUGAUAUUUGAGGUAUGUUUCUGAACCCACAGUCUUUUUCAAUUUCGUUUCUUUCGAAUUACGUAUCUUCUUCUUAUCAUUAUUUUUCUUUUACAUUUUGAUUAUAAUGUGAAGUUUACUAUUUGCAAGCUGGGGCCUGGAAUGUUAUUAUACAUGUCUUUUAUCCCCCAUGGCCAGCAUUAAGCUGAAAUGGGAGUGAUCUCUCUCUCUCUCACCCCCACCUCUUGUCAGUAGCUUGCCCACCCUCAAGCUGGAUGAGCUAUGUUCAGAUUCUGCGUAAUCUAUCGCCCUGUUUUUGUCCUUUUCGGGUGCAGCAGACUGCUGAACUUGCAACAUUAUUUCUUGGCCUCAACCAACCCCUCUCUCCCCUCCCGAACAAAGAAGAAGAAAAGAAGAAAAGGGGUAAAAAAGCUCUGAGCAUUUACUUUUGAAUGGGACUGAUGAAACGAGGACUCAUAAAAUGUGA